CGGCGCGAUCCUUGAACUCUCCGCGCCACAUGGGCCGCGCGGGGAGCGGUUUCUUGGGCUGCUCCGCCGCUUAUCUCCCCCGGGAACGGCCCCUCCGGCAUAAAUAGCGGCCGUGGGGCAGCGCGGCUCAGACGGGACGAGCAGCGGCGGGACGGAGCCGGUUCAGCGCCAAGAUGAGAGCCGUGGUGGUGGCCCUCGCCCUGCUCUGCCUGACGGGCACCCAGGCCCGCUCCUUCUGGCAGCAUGACGAGCCCCAGGCGCCCCUGGACCGCCUCAAGGACAUGGUGGAGGUGUACCUGGAGACCGUGAAGGCCAGCGGCAAGGAUGCCAUCUCCCAGUUCGAGUCCUCGGCCGUGGGCAAGCAGCUGGACCUGAAGCUGGCCGAUAACCUGGACACGCUGGGCGCAGCCGCCGCCAAGCUGCGGGAGGACAUGGCCCCCUACUACAAGGAGGUGCGCGAGAUGUGGCUGAAGGACACGGAGGCUCUGCGCCAGGAGCUGACCAAGGACCUGGAGGAGGUGAAGGAGAAGAUCCGUCCCUUCCUGGACCAGUUCUCUGCCAAGUGGACGGAGGAGCUGGAGCAGUACCGGCAGCGCCUGGCGCCCGUGGCGCAGGAGCUGAAGGAGCUCACCAAGCAGAAGGUGGAGCUGAUGCAGGAGAAGCUGACCCCGGUGGCCGAGGAGGCGCGGGACCGCCUGCGCGGGCACGUGGAGGAGCUGCGCAAGAACCUGGCUCCCUACAGCGACGAGCUGCGGCAGAAGCUGAGCCAGAAGCUGGAGGAGAUCCGGGAGAAGGGCAUCCCCCAGGCCGCCGAGUACCAGGCCAAGGUGGUGGAGCAGCUGGGCAACCUGCGCGAGAAGGUGACGCCGCUGCUGCAGGACUUCAAGGAGCGCCUCACCCCCUACGCCGAGAACCUCAAGGCUCGCUUCAUCACCCUCCUGGAUGACCUCCAGAAGAGCGUGGCCUGCACCGUGACAGCGGGAGGGGAUCUGGGGGGUUCCCAUCCCGUCCCCCUUCCCCCCCCCCGGCGCUACGCGGCCGAUGUCCCCUUCCAGAGCUGCACCAGCUGCUCCUUGAACCGCGCCAGCCGCUGCUUCGCCAGCUCCGCGUUGUCCGAGAGCCACCGCCUGCAGGGACAAGGGACGGGCGCGCUCUUGGCCAUGGCCGAUGCUUUCUGCGCGUACUCCUGCACCUUCCGCACCAGCGCCUCGGGCUCCCCGGGCUCAUCGGCCCCUGCAAGCACAACAGCACAGCACCGCAGGACCGCAGUGGUGGCAGAGCAGGCAUCCCCAGCACUCAGGAUGUCUCCCAAGGCGGCCGCCCUCGUCCUGGUGCUCCUGGUGGUGUCAGGAGCCCGGGCUGAUGUCAACCCGGACGAGGUGGCCAGCGUGCUCUGGAAGUACUUCACGGAGCUGGGCAGCAACGCCAAGGACACGGUGGAGCAGCUGCAGCAAGCUGAGAUCACCAAGCAGCUCAACACCCUGCUGGAGAGCAACCUGCAGAGCGUGAACUCGUACGCCGAGGACCUGCAGCGGCGCCUGGUGCCGUUCGCCACGGAGCUGCAGGCGCGGCUGGCGCAGGACUCGCAGCGCCUCAAGGAGCAGAUCCGCCGGGAGCUGGCCGAGCUGCAGGCCAAGCUGGCGCCCUACGCCGACGAGGUGCACCAGCAGAUCGGCACCAACAUCCGCCAGCUCCAGGCCAGGAUGAGCCCCUACGCCGAGGAGCUGCGCUCGCAGGUGGACCGCGGCGCCGGGGACCUACGGCGGGCGCUGGAGCCCUUGGCGGCCGAGCUGCGGGCCCGGCUGCAGGGCAGCACUGAGGACAUCCAGGCCUCGCUCAGCCCCUACGCGGAGCGGCUGCAGCAGCAGAUCGACGGCGGCGUGGAGAGCCUCAAGGAGCGCCUGGCGCCCUUGGCCGAGGAGCUGAAGGCGCAGGCGGGCAGGAGCGUGGCGGAGCUGCGGCGGGGGCUCAGCCCCUACGCGCAGGAGGUGCAGGAUGGGCUCAACCGGCAGCUCGAGGCGCUGACGGCGCAGAUGGAGCGCGCGGCCGAGGAGCUGCGUGCGCGCCUGGAGGCCAGCUCGGAGGAGCUGCGGGCUCAGCUCUCGCCGCUGGCGCAGGAGCUGCAGCGGGCGGCCGGCGGCGAUGCCCAGGGCCUGCGGGAGCGCCUGGCACCGCUGGCGCAGGAGCUGGAUGAGCGCGUGGGGCAGACGCUGGAGGCGUUCCGGCAGCGGGCAGCCACCUUCGGGGAGGCGCUGGGGCAGGAGCUGGUGCAGCGCGUGGAGGCCAUGCGGGGCAAGCUGGAGUCGGGCGCUGCCGGCGUCGAGGACCACAUGGAGCUGCUGGAGAAGGAGGUGCGGGACAAGGUGGCCGCCUUCCUCAGCACCGCGCAGCCCGCUGCGGACUGAGCCCCCGAUGGCGCCCGGUGCGGGGCCGGCUCCUCGUGGCACGAAUAAACCCGUGUGUGUGAUGCACA